AUGACCAAGGAAAAUGAUAAAAAACCCAAAGAGAAGCCAAAUCAGCGCAAGGUAUGUUAAAAACAGCGGAAUUGAUUUUUACUCCAGUCUUUCGACAGGUUGCUUUCCGAAACGAGGCAGUCGACGCGCUGGCAAACAUCUCAGACGAGUCACUUGUAAAUUUUGCGAAAGCAAUGGAAGUGGCGAAGUUGGACUGUCAAAAGUGCAGACUUCACGAGACAACACACAAUCCAAAGUGAGCAUUCCAUGCGUGACGUCACGCAACUAACCGUCCAAAGAGCUUCCAGACAUCAGAACUGUCGCGACAAUCCGUUCUGCAUCAAUCGAUUGGGCCUGGAAAAGUUUGAGAAAUUGAUCAAUCAGGAGUUGGAGAACAGAGAAGAGGCGAAGAAGGUAAACCCGGAGAACUAGUGUGAAAAAUGGAAAUGUCUUAUUCAGGAUCAGAAGCGCCGUGAUUUGAACGACCAGCCGGCGGGUCUCGUAAACGGAGGCAACUUCUGUUACGUGAACAGCUUCUUGCAAGUGUGGUUCAACGUGCCGGAGUUUCGCCAGAUAGUCUACGACUUCCGACCUUCCGUUUCGUUCACUCCGUAAGAAAUUCAUAUAAUGGACUGAUCAGCAGUUUCCACUUUUCAGGUUGCCAGCUCCCAGACUUGAUGUUCAAGCGACGAUGUUGGCUCUGCAAGACAUCUUCUACACUCUUCAGACCACUCCUUUCGUAAGUUAUGGCAAUAAAUACUCAAAGAAUUACUCGAGAUUUCACAGAACCAUUUGUGUGAUCUAAAAUGCUCCAUUAUUAAGUUUUAUCUCGAUCCCGAUUUUUCCCAAUUUUGUAUUCAAAUCGGAUUCUUUAGACGGAUACUGACAAAACAUCCAAUCUAGUCAAGCUGCUCCGCCUGAACUCCGAGCAACAGGAUUCGCAAGAGUUCGGUCUCAAGUUCUUCAAUGCCCUCGAACGAUGUCUGCCGGAUCAUCCGAACGGAAAAGUGAUACUCACUCGCCUGAAGGAUAUGUUCAACGGAGACAUGUGCACACGGAUACAGUGCAAAUGUGGGCACAGUUCCAGACGAGUGGAGCCGGCCAUAUCGCUCACUCUCAACAUCGAAGGUCAUUCGACUCUCAUUGAUGCGCUCAACGCGUACUUUGGAGAGGAACAGUGAGUACUUCUAGUUUUUUAUUGAUUUGUUACGCAUUAUCUUUCAGCCUCGACGACUAUAAGUGCUCCGGAUGUCAGAAAACUGGAGACGUUACGAAACAAGUGGACUACGUGAAGUUGCCGCCGGUCAUCGUGAUUCAACUCAAUCGAUAUAAGUACACAGCGAAGGGACGUCAGAAGCUGAAGACGCAACUCGCAUAUCCCAGGGAGAUUCCCGCAUUGGCAUUCCAGAGAGUCGAUCAAUCCAAUCGUCCACCGGCGGAGAUGUACGACCUGUUUGCGGUGACAAUUCACGAGGGCAGCAAUGCCGAAUGUGGACACUAUUACGAUCUGAUUAAGUCUCCGUUGAAUCAGAAGUGGUAUCGCUAUAAUGACGAAACGGUCGAAGCGCUCGCGAAACCGCCGGGAACCGAUAAGCCAACUAGCGCAAGAGGCGAUAAGAGUAGAAGGAAAGAGAAAGAGAAGACGCCGACGGAUCAGAAGGCGUGCUACGGACUGCUCUACCGACGAAGAGACGCCGUUCUACCGCUUCCGCAUCCCAAACUGCCUCCAGAUGAGCUCGUCGCCGAGUCGAAAAAGCUGAUUGAAGAGCAGUUCGAAGGACAAACGAAGCGGAAAAUAGAGAAAAGCGAGAAGAGAGUGUACGAUCUGAGAAGAAGAAUCGAAAAAUUGAAGACUGUUUACACCAAACUGGAGACGCACAGCGACAAGUACACGCAGGCUAAUGAGAUCGCCUUUCUUCCGACUUCCCUGCUUUUGGACAUUCUGAGUCAGGAGUACGAAGCAGCGAAGGGAGAGAAAAAGAAAAAGAAGAAGGAGUCGUUGGACAAGGAGAACGAUACUAAAACGCAAGAGCAGACUGAGGAUGAGGCGCUAGCCGCAGCCAUCGCCGCCUCAGAAGCAGAUCAGCUCCAGUUACUGUCUUGCCAACCUUCGACUUCUGCCGCCGCUCAAACUGAAGUCGUUGCAAUGGAAACUGGAGACGAACCAGACGCGGACACAAGUGAAACGUGUGAAACUCCGAAUCAAGAAGCCGCGGCCGAUAUCUCAAUGGAAUCGGUGGUCGAUCAAGACCAACCGAUCGAUUCACCCCCCAAGGAUAUCGACAUAGUUGCGAUUGCAAUGGAAGAAUCGGAACUUCCGGUUGUCGAAGCACCGCCCGAGAAAAGGACUCGUCAGCAAAACGGGACCGCCAAAUACGUGUUCUCCCGAUCAAGUCCGCGGAAAUCGACGAGUGGAGCGAACGGAGGCACUCCGAAGCCGACGCUUUCCACGCGCGUUGCUUCUGCUCUUUCUAGCCACGAAAUGGCGAUCUGUGGGCACGGGAAGAUGUCGAUCGAUCCGAUCCUCUACGGAGACGUCAAAGCGGUCGCCAGAGCACCUGCCAUUGCGCUACUGCGUGAAUACGAUUUCCGAGUCAAGAAGGUCUUUGAUAACGGGGACCGAGAGUUUCCGGAGCCACAGAGAGACCGAGAAGUGUUCGUGUUCACUGCGUAAGUUGUUUUGAUGCAAAGUACGCCUUAAAAACUACGUUUUCAGUGCUGAUAUCUGCAUGGAAUGUAUAAGGGAAAUGCGGCAAGAAGGAUUGUUCAACAAUCAGUUGGAAGACGACGACAGGAUGGUUCGCAAAGUUCUGAAGGAGGAGAAGCAGCGUUGCUCUGUGAAAGGCUUGGAGCCGAAGUCAAGCGACCACUUCUACGUGGCGAAGAGCGCUCUUGCAAAUUUCAAAAAGUCCGCACAGACCGCCCGAGAGGAAAAGUUGGCCCUUCGGCACACGAGGAAAGGAACUAUGUACAUCGAUUCGGUUUCUGCGGUAAAAUGACUUUCAGAAAACAGUUCAAUAACCGACUAUUUUCAGCAAAAAGCCGACGCUACUUACCCAGCUGCGAUAUCGCUCAAAAGAUUCCGAGGAAGACCACGUAAGCAUCCUCUAGAAGUGCCGGAAAAGAUGCAGAAAUUGGAUGAGAACGGGCUAAUUGAGGCAACAAACGAAUCGUUUACUGUGGAAGAUGAAGAGGAGCGCGUCGAGCCAGAGUCGCCGAGAAAGGUCACCCCCACGAAACCGGUGGAGUCAAUCAAUCCAGAUGCUUUGAAACCGACCGAGAAGAUUGAGUUCAACUCGGAACUGCGCUGUUCGCACGGAGGAGUCAACUACAGUCAGUUCAGACAUUCGGUCUCUCCGGAAGAGUGGGCCCAUCUGAAGAUAUACUUUGACGAUUGCUUCGAAGUGAAAUGCUCCGAACCCGUCUGUGAUGAGUGCCGCCAACAAGAAGUGGAUGCUCAGAACGGUUCGGAUAACAUGCGACAGUUGGUCAAAGAGAUGCGAAAGCGAAUCAACGACACUCUGAAGAAGGUCGAGUCCCGGUCGGAGAAGAGCACGGAAACGGAGGACGGAGAGGAAGUCAAGUUCGGAAUCUGCAGUGUUUUCAUUGACAAACUCAAGAAGCUGACGACGAGACAGUCGACGAGCCCGCCGCCCAUCUGUCAGGAGUGCCUGAUCUGCCAGCACGAACUUCCUUUCAAGGGAUUCCUCACUGAGGUUAGAGAAUUUCAGGUUCCGAGAAGAAAAGAAAUACCGUUGAUUGCAGGACAACCAGAAAGAUUCGCACGUGAUAGGCGUGACAGAAGAAGAAUGGAAUACUUUCCUGAAUGAAGUCCGCAAGUUGGAACUGGCCGGUGGAGAAUCUCAAGCCACACUUCCAGCGCCUCGCCCGAUCAUCAUUGACAACGGACGUAUUGUCGAAAUGUGCGAUGUCUGCUACGAACAACACAUAAAGUUCACGGAGGAGCAGAAGUACAUGUUCGACAACGAGAACAUCUACGUGAAACUGGUUAAUCUGGCCGACGAGGAAGACAUUGCAAAGACAAAUGGAAAGUCGCGAAGAGGGCGGGCGAAAAACGUGUACGCCGUCAAAAUGUCGUCGUCGAACAAACUGAUGGAUCUGAAAGUGCAGCUGUACGACAAGACGCACCAGCUGCCGAACGACCAGAUGCUGUAUCGAACUCUCGGAGGAGAGCAUUUCGACGUGGCCAACAACCAGAAGACGUUGUUUGAUUUGCGUGUCGCGCCCAACAAUAACGAUAAUGUGAGUGAAUUGUGAAAUAGUUUACGAUGAAUUUCGAUUGUUUUCAGCCGCUUAUUCUAGUGGCCCAGCAGUUCUCUCCAUCCGGAUCUCAGAACGAGGAAUCCGGGGACCGUGCUCCGGAACGUGGAUUCGUGGACACUGCUCUCGCUCAUUGA